UACAUUGAUUUUCGUGUGGAUACCAUGGCGCUUCUUUGGAUAGUCUGACCGGGCAAUAGAUAUAUCACGAGUUCACAUACUCCUCUCACAGAUCAACAAAUCCGGAUUUCGUCAAAGCUGACAAUGGGAUCUCGGAUAAAGGAGAGCCCAGAGUCGACGUUUGAGGUGUAUGUGGAGGUCACCCGCCCCGGGACAACAGGGUCAGAUCCUGAGGUGCACCGGCAGUUCCCCGAGGGUUUUUCAGACCAGGAAACUCUACGGGCAGUCUCCAGGUUCUGCUUCCCUUUCAGUGCAGACAGUCUGACUGUGGGUCGUCUGGGGCAGAACUUCACCUUUGUGCUGACGGACAUCGAGAGCAAACAGCGCUUUGGGUUCUGCCGCCUGUCUGGGGCGCAGCGCUGCUUCUGCAUCCUGAGCUACCUCCCCUGGUUUGAAGUGUUCUACAAGCUCCUCCAUGUCGUCGCUGAUUAUGCCGUCAAAGGCCAGGAUGGCCAGCAGAGGGAGCUGUUGGAGACGCUGUACUCCCUCCCUGUUCCUGAGCCUGGCGUGCCUGUCCACCUCAGCGUGCAUUCCCACUUCAUUGUGCCCGACAUCCGGCAACUUCCCUGCAUUCCUGAAAAUAGAAGCCUGACAGAGUAUUUUGUGGAGGUAGACAUCAAUAACAUCCUCCAUCUGUACGCCAGUAUGCUUUUCGAACGGCGAAUCCUCAUCUGCUGCACCAAGCUUAGCACUUUAACCUCCUGCGUCCACGGCUCGGCAGCCAUGUUGUAUCCCAUGUUCUGGCAGCACGUCUACAUCCCCGUCCUGCCUCAGUACCUCAUAGACUACUGCGGUGCUCCCAUGCCUUACCUCAUUGGAGUGCAUUCCAGCUUAAUGGAGAAAGCGAGAGGAAUGGUGCUGGAAGACGUAGUGAUCUUCAACGUCGACACCAACACUCUGGAGACUCCCUACGAUGAUCUUCAGUGCCUGCCUAACGAUACGGUGUCGUCUCUGAAGAGCAGGCUGAAGAAAGUGUCCAUGGCUCCGGGGGACGGGGUGGCUCGGGCCUUCCUCAAGGCGCAGGCCGCUCUCUUCGGGAGCUACAGGAGCGCCCUGCGGAUAGAGCCGGGGGAGCCAAUCACGUUCAACAAGGAAGUCUUUGUGUCCCAUCGCUCCAGCACCAUGAGGCACUUCCUGCAGAACGCUAUACACCUGCAGCUCUUCAAACAGUUCAUUGAUGGGCGUCUGGAUCUGCUGAAUGCAGGAGAAGGUUUCAGUGAUGUGUUUGAGGAAGAGAUCAGUGCGGGAGAGUAUGCAGGCAGUGACAAGAGCUACCACCAAUGGCUCUCCACGGUAAAGAAAGGCAGUGGUGCCAUUUUUAACUCAAUGAAGACAAAGGCCAACCCAGCCAUGAAGACCGUCUACAAGUUUGCAAAAGAUCACGCAAGGAUGGGGAUCAAAGAGGUGAAGAGUCGUUUGAAGCAAAAGGAGAAUGGCUACGUGACCGGGACCAAAGAUGACCUGGAGCAGACUGAUAGGCCGCCUUCUGUGGACAGGAAGUACUCGCAACCAUCUGACCAGCAGCAGUCGAUCACAGAGCUCUGUGGACAGGACUUUCCAUCCCAGCUGGUGGUAAAUUCGGUCCAGGACAGCAGCAGCACUGAGCGGCCACAGCCCCUGCUGGAUGUGGGGUUUACCGAGGAGGAGGAACCCCAGGAGGGUCAGGGGGCACAGUCUAGCCCCAGCCACCCAGCACCGCACGGGCUGAUGCCAGUGAAGGCUACCGAGGCGGACCUUCUGGGCAAUAUCUUCUGGAACCUGGAGGGGGAGCCAGAGAGCCUGCUCCCGAAGAGUCUUGUGGACCUGCAGCAAGUGGGAGGUGCUGAAGAACAGCAAGCCCUCGCCAAAGAGCAGGUUUCUGCCCGUGUGGGGGGGUGGGACGAUCUGCAGGGGACCCUGAGCACGCCCCCCCUGCUCCCCCAGUGCGUCGCCAGCGGCAACGGCACCGCCAAGCAAGUCGCCGUUAGCAACGGGGGCGUGGACCUGCUCAGCCUGCUCGACCCGCUGAAGAGCCCCCCCGGCCCAGAGGCCCCGCCCCUCCCCCUUAAGAGCGCUCCUCCCCCUCACCUGUACCCCCUCACCCCGCCCACCUUUCCUUCCGUCGCCCGCGUCCCGUUCCCCCAAUCGCAGCUCCUCGCCCCCACGGGACCCCUCCCCCACAGACACCACGCCCCGACUCCCACCGUGUUCGUCCCUCGCUUUCAGAUGCCGUCUUACCCCCUCGUGGGGCGUGGCCUCUCGCAGCUCAACCCCGCCCUCCCCGGCCUCAUCCAGACGCCGUUGGCUGUUUCGACGCCCCCCCGCGCCGGCCUGCCCCCAUUGGCUCGGGAUCCGUUCGGGGACUUGGUAGAGGCGAGCAAGUCAGCCGCCUCUCCCGAAACGAAGAAGUGGGCCACUUUCAACUGACCCCCCCCUCCCUCACACCACUGCUAGGGCUGGGCUGACCCACCUGGACUACAGGGGCCACACCCCUCCAGUGAAAACUCCACCUCGGCCUUCUGGGAAGUGGAGUAUUUUUUUUGCAGCAAAGCAAGGCUUCCUCAGCACAGCAUUAUAUGGAGCUGCUACAGGUUUUUAUACGCUCACCGGUUUAAAGACUCAGCUCUGCGCAUUCCGUCCAUUCUUCUUCACAAAGGAGGCUCUGGUUGGGAACGGGAGCGGCUGGUGCUGUGUCACUGCACAGAACAUCCACUGCAGCAGCAUUGUGCUGUAUUGUGCUAAUGUGAUUGAAUGUCGGGGAGACAGAACUCUCAGUGUUAUGUAUUCAGAGCUGUGUUCAUCGCUCUUUUGGGUCACGCUGUGUCCGUUACUGCAGAGCACUGGGACUGCUUUAUGUCAGGGUGUCUUUGACAACCUGCCUAGCCAUUUAGGGGUUUUACGGAAAACUUUUGUUUAAAAAAAUGUUGAAGUCUGAAGUCUCCCUUCAGAAACCAACCCUCUGCUAGGGUCAGAGGUCAGCUCUGUUGCCAGGGAACAGGGCAGUGCACACCGGUGUUGGGAGACAGCUGCUGUCUGAGUGACUGCGCAAACUCAUGGGUUAUUUCAGCUGUGUGCGCACAGAUAACAGGCCUUCAGUACUCUAGAGCUGUGCUGAAGCAGAGGAACUUUUCCUGUUUUGAAGUAUAACAAGUUAGUGAACAUUCUCCUGUUUUUAGUCUGGUUGACUAGUUAUUCAGGGUAGAGCUGAGAUGUUUGUUCUGGUUCUCUGUCAGGGAGUGAGCAACAUUUUUAAACUGUCACCCAAAGUGGCCUUUCAGGUGAGCAGACAGGACUUUUGCCAAACGAUGUGAGAAAGUUGUUUUUGAGUAUGCAUUUUACGUUUUUCACUGCCACUAAGUAUAUUGCAGAACGUAUGUUCUUUUUUAUGCCAAAUGAAGGAACAAAUGCUGAGAAAAAUGACUUGUACUGAUUGUAAUAAUAGAUAUACUGUGUGCAGUCUUGAUGUUAUUAUGUAGGAGUUCAUCAGACCUUGCUCAUUGCCAAACAAACAAAACAAAAUCUGAUAUUUUAUAAAGAAACAAAUAGCAACCAAACUUGCGGCAGGGAUCUGUGCUUUGUAAACCUGAAUCUCAAAGAUAGAAUGAGGAUUUAUUUUGUUCAGAAUGUGCAUUUCAUUUGCGUUUUGAGUUUUCUGGGAGAACUAAGGCUGGUGGCUGGGAGCUGAUGUACACAGAACAAGGCAAACAUUGAGUUAGCAUUCGCAAACAAAUGAAAACUGGAAAUGAAAACUUAACUUCAGCCCUCCCUGCCAUUUCUGUUUGCCUCAUUAGUCCUGUAACUUACGUUAAUCUGUGAAUUGUGAAUUUAUUUUGAAUGAAUUUGAAACGUUUUCACGUUUUCCUCAAAGCAAAACUCAUCUCAGAAAAGUCAGAAGAGGCUCAGACGUUGUUGGACUUUGAGUUUGGUCUCAAGAUAAGAACUGUAUUAAUCCCAGCGGGAAAUUUGUAUUUGUGAGUGAGUGCCAAAGUGUGUUUCUCAGCUCGGGAUCCAGAAACACAAGUCACUUUUUAUCAAAUGUAAUUUUCUUUAUGUAAGCUGCCAAACCAAAAUAAUACUUGAAGUGUCCUAUCUCAUAAAAUGAAGGUUUAUGACAAUGAUCAUAUGAGUCCAAACCCCCUCCCCCCCAUCCCUUUACCACUACAAAGUGUCCAAUAAAUGUGAGCUUUGUUUGGUUUUUCUUUCUCUGUUGA